AUGAGCUACCAAGACUCUUACCUUCAAGACAAGAAGCGUAAAUUAUCUCAAGGUUUAGUUGAUGAAAACAUGAAGGAUAAGCUUUCUUACUUGACGGAAGAGCAAAAACAAGACAUGGAUGCCAUGAUGAUGGAAGAUGAUGAAUCUUAUGACGAAGAAGAAGAGGAAGAACAACAACCAAUGUCUAUGGAUGAUUUAGAAAGAAAGAAUCGUGCUUUGGUUGUUAUUGAAGAAUUCUUACAAAAUGAAAAUGGUGAAUUGAGAAAAUCUCUUAAGGAAAUGCAAAAGGAGAAUGAAGCUUUAAAGAAUGUUUUGAGAAAUGAUUUUAAGGUUAAUUACAAGUCUGGUGUUUGA